CACAAUUCCCAGCAGCUUCGGGUCGCAGUACGCGCAAAAACCCUAAUCCGAACGGGAAGGAGUUUUGCAAUUCACCAUCGAUCAUCAACGAAAAGCGUCCGCCGCUCACUAAAAACAAGGCACUGGGUUAAGCCGUCUUUUAUUUUAAAAAUGAAGCAAGACAAAUUCUAAAUCAUCAUCAUCAAAAAAAAAAAAAAAAAGAAAGGCUUCUAUAUAAGAAAAAAAAAAUCAUGGAUCAUCCUGGACCAUUACAAAUCAUAUAAGGACAUCAUAAAGUUUUGUUCACAUCAAAAUCAUCCUAAACACGCACAUACUCACGCACAAAUAACAUCACAAACAAGAUAGACAAUCCGAAAUGAGACCAAGAAUCAUUCUAUUAUUAAGUUUUCUCGUGUUAUGUUCGUUGAUAAAUCGCUCGGAAUCGAAACUUCAACAACAAUCAAUUGUCGAUGAGGAUGAGGAUGAAGAUGAAGACGAUUGGGAUGAGGAUGAGGACGAUGAUGAUGAUGAUGAAAUAUAUAGAUCUAAAUCAGAGGUCGAUGAUGAUGGGAGAAUUUAUAAGAAUCCAAGAAAUUCACCAUCAGCCGAAUGUCCCCGCGAUGAAGAACAAGCCGAAAUGCAAGGACAAAAAUGUUUAAGAAAAUGUUCAACCGAUGAGGAUUGUAAAAGUAAAAAGAAAAAAUGUCGUUGCGAUGGAAUUUGUGGUAUGUCUUGCAUUAAACCUGAUCGUGAAUGUCCAUUAUUGGAUGAUGAUAUUAAACAUGGUGCAAUGAGAGUUACGGGAAGAUUAUUUCGUGAUAAGGCAUCGUAUACAUGUGACGCUGAUUAUUAUUCAGUGGGUUUAUUGGAAAGGACUUGUAGAGCUGAUGGUCGUUGGAGUGGUAGUAAACCAUCAUGUAAAAAUGAUUCAAAAACAUUUUGUCUUGAACCACCGAAAAUUAAAAAUACAAGACACAAUGCAUUAGUUGAACAAACAUCAUUUGAUCUAAACAGUGUGGUUGAAUAUUUUUGCGAUCAUGGUUAUCAAACUUCUGGUUUUCCUAAAGCCAAGUGCCUCAUGAUGGAAGGAGCUGCAAGUUGGUUUGGACCCGAUAUUGCAUGUGAGCCAAAAACUUGUGAACCACUUGCAAUUAUUCCCAAUGGAUGGCACGCUGGUGAAUGCUUCACGUACGACUGUCGAAUUUCCUAUCACUGUGCCGACACAUAUCAAUUGGUUGGUCGAGCCGAGAAAAUCUGUUUGGCUGACGGUAGUUGGACACCUAAAGAAUUACCCCAAUGUGUUCAGGUAACACAAGUACAAUGUCCACCACCAGAGAAUCCACGUCAUGGAAAGGCUAUAUUCACGUCAGUUGGUUACAAUUCCGUAGUGUCUUAUGAGUGUAAGCAUGGCUAUACCAUAGUUGGAGCUGAGACAAGGCAAUGUGGCGCCGACAGAAGAUGGACAAAACAAACGCCAACAUGCAAGGAGAUCAACUGCGGAUCACCGGGAACUCUUUACAGUGGUUGGAUCGACAAUGUCGAAGGAGGAACUGGAUUGGGUGCAAGAGUGAUAUUUCGUUGUAACGAACACAUGAGACUUGAGGGCAAUGCAUCGUCUGUUUGUCAACAUGAUGGAAAAUGGCGAAAUCCACUUCCGCAAUGUUUGGUGCCGUGUGUUGUGCCACAAAUUAGCAAUGGCCAUGUUAUAGUGGCGAGUAAACAUGAUGAUCACAUUAAUAAUGUGACACUUGUCGAGCACGGUGAACGAUUAUUGGUCGUUUGUAUUCAAGAUUAUGAAUUUGCCGCCAAUAGUACGCCAGUUGUUUGUAAUAAUGGAACAUGGUCAAUAGUGCCAUCGUGUUCGCCAGCGCGUUGUAAACAAAUGCCAAAAGCACCAAAAAAUGGAAUGGUCAUUGCACCAAAGACUGAUCAUGGAAUGAAAGCUGUUUUCAAAUGUAAAGAUGGAUUUGAACUCGUUGGAGGUGGACCAUUUAAUCUUUCAUUUUCAGUUGAAUGUAGCUUUGGCAAUUGGACUGGUGAUAUUCCAUUUUGCGUUGAGGUCUACUGUCCAUUUCCCGGAUUUGUUAAAAAUGGAAAAGUCCUUUUAGUUGGCAACAUGGGAGUCUAUGAUUAUAGACCCUAUGUGAAGAAAGUCAUCAACAAUAAGCAGAUCAUGUACGAUUGUGACAAGGGUUAUUAUUUGAGUGAAGGUCCACCAGGAGCGACUUGCAUAAGCGGAAAUUGGAGUCCACGUGAACUUCCCAUUUGCUCGUUGGGUCAACAUCCAAGAAUUCGAUGGAAUCGAAGACGAAGAUCAGUUCACGAUGAGGGUGGACGUAAUCAAACUGUGGCGACUGCUUAUAGAAAGUUUAUUGAUUUCUUUCGUAAAGUGGGUAAAAAACUUUUGCAUCUUGAAAUGAAGAAAAAUACAACAUCAUUGAAAAAUAUUACAACAACAGAAUUUACAAAUACAACAACACUACCAACAAUAAUGAAAAAUCGUACAAAUCACAGUGGACGUUCACGUACAAGAGAUGAGAAAAUGAUUGAAUUUUUAAAGGCAAUUUAUCGUAAAUUACAGAGAAUUGAUACAAAACAUCCAGAUCAAAAUCAUACAAAUAAUGUAACAAUGCACGAUUUAUUGAAUGUGAUAAGUAAAAAUUUUUUUCACGUUGAUUUAUCGCAAUCGAAAAAAAAUUCAACGGGCAAAAAUCGCGAUAGUUUUGAGGUUAGAAAUCAACGAGAAUUUACCAAGUUAAAGAGGGAAUUUGAAAGAAUUGUGAGAUUUUAUAAUAAGACAUUACGAUGGUAUGAGAAGCAAUCGAGAAAGGAAUCGAGAAAGAGGAAUCAAACGCGAAUUGAAAAAAGUAAAAAGAAAGAUAAGAAGAAGCAUAAAGUGACGAGCACGUAUAAAGGCUUUUACGAGUUCAUUAAUGAUUAUGUGAACGAGAAAUUGUCGAUGUUGGAAACACAAAAUGCAACUGAGGAGCUUAUCAAAAAAAUGAAAAUCGAUAAAAUGACUGUUAGAAAUGGUACUUCAUUUACUGUCAGCGAAAUUUAUACUUUCUUCAAACAUAUCAUAGAAAAUAAACUUAAUUCAUCAUCAGCAUCAUCAUCAUCAUCAUCAACAAAAAUUAAUGACGAUAUAACGACUGAAGCUACUAUUCCAUCAACAUUAUCAACGGAAAGAAGUACAAUAAUUUUAUCAAAUACCAGUGAUUCAUCAUACAGUAAUGAAAUACCAACUGUCGAGACUAAAAGUGAUUUUCCCAAACAUCGUAGUCGACGUAUUCGAAAUAUUUCCGAUUGGACAAUGUCAUUAAUGGCACCUGCAAUAAGAUCAGAUGGACCACGAGGACUUUGGUGGCAAAGAAUGCCAAGACGAAAGGAUAAUGAUAAUAAUAAUAAUAAUAAUAAUAAUAAUAAUAAUCGUGAAAAGAGAUUUAUUCCAUUGUUCAUUGAGCAACUUGAUAAUCAAAGAAAAACAAUCAGAAAAUUUGAGGCAGUUCGAAAUAUUGUAAAGCGUUCCAAUUUACCGUCAAACAAUUUAAUCAAGAUACACGUCAUCGACAAAUCUAAAACGGGGACGAAAAAUAAAUGAUGUUAUUGUGAUAUUAUGGAAUUUAUUAUUAUUAAUAAUCGAUACCAGCCAAUUUUAGGUAAUUAUACACAUUAAUACGAUAGUUCAUCAGUUUUCCUCUCGUCCAUUAAAAAAAAAAAAUAACCUUAAUAUGUACGACACUUUUUGACGAAAAUAAAAUCUUUUCCAUGCAA